UUUUUUUUUUUUUCUUUUUUUCGGAACUGGGGACCGAACCCAGGGCCUUGCACUUGCUAGGCAAGCGCUCUACCGUUGAACUAAAUCCCCAACCCUUGGAGCAUUCUAUUUUAAUACCAGUAUUUGCGAGGCAGGCAGGUCUCUGUAAGUUUGAGCCCAGCUAGGGUGUUAUGGUGGAUUAAUGUACAAGCCAAAAAACUUGUCUGAGCUAGAAAGAUAACUGUAGCUGGGCUUGUUGACAGAUUUCGCUCCUAGGAGGAGGAAGCAAGGUCAUGGGACCCUGACCUUAGUGCCCAGCCUUACUGGCAAGCAACUAGAUGCAAUUCUGCCCUAAUUGCCUGUAGUCUGGGGAGGGGCUAGAGGAUACUGGUGAGGAAGAAGUGUAGCUCUGUCUGUGCAGUAUGAAAAAGGGCUUCAUUUCUGCUAGGUAAUGACGGCCCAGUGUAGUUUUUUGUGGGCAGCAACACGACCACCACCACCUAUGCUCUGUAAGCCCCAAUAUAUUCGGGUUUCCCAGAAUGAUCUGUGGUGGAAUCAUUUCGGGUUAUCCUUCAGACUUUUGGAGAAGGGUAGACAUUUUUUAGGUCCUCCCUGGAAUGUAACUCAUUUAUCUAUCUAUUCAUUUAUCUAUUUAUUUAUCUACCUAUUUAUUUUUGCGGCAAUAUAUUCGGGUUUCCCAGAAUGAUCUGUGGUGGAAUCAUUUCGGGUUAUCCUUCAGACUUUUGGAGAAGGGUAGACAUUUUUUAGGUCCUCCCUGGAAUGUAACUCAUUUAUCUAUCUAUUCAUUUAUCUAUUUAUUUAUCUACCUAUUUAUUUUUGCGGUGAGGUCAGAAUCUCACUAUGUAGACCAGACUGGACUCGAACACAACAGAAAUCUGCCUGUCUCUGCCUCCCGAGUACUACUAUUAAUAUUAAACUCAAGUGCCACCAUGUCCAGGAAGGAAUUUUAACACGGCUAUAUCUUGAGACCCUGUCUCACUAAAACAAACAAACAUACAAGGGAGAAAAAACCAAAACCGAGUAACUCUAGCGUAGGGAUUAAGCGCCUAUGGAUCCGAGUUACCCCUAUCCGCACAACCUCACAGCGCCGCAAGCGAGUCGGGACUGCGCAUGCGCUGUGGGAGGAGCCAAAUUUUCGGAGUCUUUCCCACAGCGUGGAUGAGCUUUAGAAUGAAUUCAGAAGAUACUCUUAACUAUGCAAUGCUCAUACGCAUUGCAACCAUUGUGGUAGCCUAGGAAACGUCGAACCCGCCCAUAGGCAAAGGGCGGGAUUUCCGGUGUGACUCUAUUGGGAAAUCAGGACUUCCGGUGGCGGGUCGGUUGCUGGCUGCGGAGCGAGCUCCACAGUGAGUCCGUUCCCCUUCACAGCAUCCAAGGAUGUCAGAGCUUGGAUCCAGGGGCCGCCUGUGGCUCCAGAGCCCCACCGGUGGGCCACCCCCUAUAUUCCUGCCGUCGGAUGGCCAAGCCCUGGUUCUCGGUCGGGGACCCCUUACCCAAGUGAUGGACCGGAAGUGCUCCCGAAACCAAGUGGAGCUGAUUGCAGACCCUGAAACCCGGACAGUGGCAGUGAAACAGCUGGGUGUUAACCCAUCAACUGUUGGGGUCCAGGAGUUGAAGCCAGGGGUGUCUGGCUCUCUAAGCGUGGGGGAUGUCCUUUAUCUGGUUAAUGGCCUAUAUCCCCUGACCCUGCGCUGGGAAGAGAUCAGCACACCAGGAUCCCCGCCAGACACUCCACCAGGCAAUCCUGUGGAUCCAGAGGAGGGAAAGGAUACUGAGCCUCAGAAAAAGCGAAUGCGGAAAUCCUCCCCUGGCUGGGAGAGCUUUAAGCAGUUACUGGUGUUCACAGCGUCUGGAGUGAAGCCCCGGGGCAAGGUGGCUGCCUUUGACCUAGAUGGGACCCUCAUCACCACCCGCUCUGGAAAGGUCUUCCCCACUAGCCCUAGUGACUGGAGGAUUCUGUACCCAGAGAUUCCAAAGAAGCUCCAGGAGCUGGCUGCUGAGGGCUACAAGCUGGUAAUUCUCACCAACCAAAUGGGCAUCGGGAGAGGCAAGCUGCCAGCAGAGGUGUUCAAGGCCAAGGUGGAAGCUGUAUUGGAGAAACUAGGGGUCCCAUUUCAGGUGCUGGUGGCAACGCAUGCAGGUCUAAACCGAAAGCCAGUGAGUGGCAUGUGGGACCAUCUGCAGGAGAAGGGCAACGAGGGCAUCCCCAUCUCCAUCGGGGACAGUGUCUUCGUGGGAGAUGCAGCAGGGCGCCCAGCCAACUGGGCCCCAGGGAAGAAGAAAAAGGAUUUCUCCUGUGCAGACCGCCUGUUCGCCCUCAAUGUUGGCCUACCCUUUGCCACUCCUGAAGAGUUCUUCCUCAAAUGGCCAGCAGCCCGCUUUGAGCUUCCAGCUUUUGACCCGAGGACCAUCUCCAGUGCUGGACCCCUCUACCUCCCAGAGUCCAGUUUCCUCCUGAGCCCCAACCCAGAGGUGGUGGUCGCAGUAGGAUUCCCUGGGGCCGGCAAGUCCACUUUCAUCCAGAAGCACCUGGUAUCGGCUGGAUAUGUCCAUGUGAACAGAGACACGCUGGGCUCAUGGCAGCGCUGUGUGAACUCAUGCCAGGCCGCACUGAGGCAGGGGAAGCAAGUCGUGAUUGAUAACACCAACCCAGACAUCCAAAGUCGGGCUAGGUACAUCCAGUGUGCCAAAGAUGCUGGUGUGCCCUGCCGCUGCUUCAGCUUCUGUGCCACAAUAGAGCAGGCACGCCACAACAACAGGUUCCGUGAGAUGACCGACCCUUCACAUGCGCCGGUAUCAGACAUGGUCAUGUUUAGCUACAGGUUUGGGGGUUCCGGGGUCCUGGCGGGGGUGGGGAGAUGGGGUACAGAGCCUCACCCCCCCCCACCCCCAUCCUACAGGAAGCAGUUUGAGCCGCCCACACUGGCUGAAGGCUUCCUGGAGAUCCUUCAGGUCCCAUUCCGGUUACAGGAGCAUCUGGACCCUGCGCUGCAGCGACUAUACUGCCAGUUUUCCGAGGGCUGAGUCCUCAAUAAACACUGCUGCUACUCUGCUCAGCCAUCUUGCUGGGGUUAUGGAAGGCAAACCAGGUGUCAUGGCGUUCCACAUUGAGCUCAGGCUUAAACGUGGGCUCUUGUGCACCCAGCAUACCUGGCCCGGGAACUUGAGCGGCCACAGGCAUUUUGUGGUGGGGGAACCAUGACCUAACUGACCAGUCGGCAAUAAGUAUCAACCAGGUGUAGAACUGGGCCUGAGCCUGGGGUCUCGGGAUGUGAGGAGGUUUGACCAGGUACAGGAGAUUGUAACAAUUAAAAGAAAGGCUGUAGUGUGGGUACCUGUA